AAAGGCUCAGUCUGAGACAGCGACGAGUGGUCGGAUCCGUCUUCCCACCUCCUUCCCCUUCCCCUCCGGGGAAAGGCUGGGGCCGGGCACCUGGGGCUGUGCCGUGGCCCGCUGCGGCCUCAGUUCCAGUCAGGCCGGGCCUGCGGAGAGUCCAGACUCCGCUUCCACGGCGGGUGCUCCCGUGUGUGGCAUCACGUCCAUCCCUCUGGCCAUGGGGCUUGUCACCAGGAAGGAGGACGCAGUCGGACAGUAGCCAACAAGAUGGGUUAUUUGGCACACCUCCCCAGUAUCACGGAGCGGUGGCAGCAGGGGGUCGGGGCCCGGUGAGCAGGGCAUCUGCCCCCGGACACGUGCAAGGACCUGGGUUUCAGUGAUGAGACAUGGGGUAUGAUGUAACUCGCUUCCAGGGGGAUGUUGAUGAAGACCUUAUCUGCCCUAUUUGCAGUGGAGUCUUGGAGGAGCCAGUACAGGCACCUCAUUGCGAGCAUGCUUUCUGCAACGCCUGCAUCACCCAGUGGUUCUCUCAGCAGCAGACGUGUCCGGUGGACCGUAGUGUCGUGACGGUCGCCCACCUGCGCCCAGUGCCUCGGAUCAUGCGGAACAUGUUGUCAAAGCUGCAGAUUGCCUGUGACAACGCUGUGUUUGGCUGUAGUGCUGUUGUCAGGCUUGACAACCUCAUGUCUCACCUCAGCGACUGUGAGCACAACCCGAAGCGGCCCGUGACCUGUGAACAGGGCUGCGGCUUGGAGAUGCCCAAAGAUGAGUUGCCAAACCACAACUGCAUCAAGCACCUGCGUACUGUGGUCCAGCAGCAGCAGACGCGCAUCGCCGAACUGGAGAAGGCAUCCGCUGAACACAAGCACCAGCUGGCGGAACAGAAGCGAGACAUCCAGCUGCUGAAGGCAUACAUGCGUGCAAUCCGCAGUGUCAACCCCAACCUUCAGAACCUGGAGGAGACGAUUGAAUACAACGAGAUCCUAGAGUGGGUAAACUCCCUGCAGCCAGCCAGAGUGACCCGCUGGGGGGGAAUGAUCUCCACCCCUGACGCCGUGCUCCAGGCCGUCAUCAAGCGCUCCCUGGUGGAAAGUGGUUGCCCAGCCUCCAUCGUCAACGAGCUGAUUGAGAAUGCCCACGAGCGGAGCUGGCCCCAGGGUCUGGCCACCCUAGAAACGAGACAGAUGAACCGGCGCUACUACGAGAACUACGUGGCCAAGCGCAUCCCUGGCAAACAGGCUGUGGUGGUAAUGGCCUGUGAGAACCAGCACAUGGGAGAUGACAUGGUGCAGGAGCCAGGGCUUGUCAUGAUAUUUGCACACGGUGUGGAAGAGAUCUAGGAGAACUUGCCAGGCUGUCAGGAAGAGGUGGUGGUCAACAGAUCCCAUCACUCCAGCAACUGGGCCCUGAGUCCUCCACACUGUCCUUAAUGUGCGGCUUGCCUUGGGGGCCGCACCUCUCCCUGUGCACCAAAGGGUGCGGAGGCACUGGGCUCCGCCCUUCAGGUGGGAGAUCCAGAUGCCCUCCUCUGCCAUAUUUCUCCCCUUUGAGGUCGAGGUCCUCAGUCUGGGUGGGGGCUUGCCUGCCUCCAUUUUUCUGCCCAAGGCUCCUGGUUCCAGAUCUUUCCUGAAAGCACAAAGAUUUGUCUUAUCCUAGAGGAGCAGGUGGAGAGAAGUUGUCAUUGUCCCUCUCCUUCGAGUUGGAAUUUACAAGCGGGCCUGUUGGCUCUGAGCAGCACUCAGAGUGUGGGGAGCAGACAUCCUGAGGAAGUGGCAAGCGUGAAGCCGAAACCCCAGGAAAAAGCAGGCCAGUCCCGGGCCUCCCCAGUGGCCCUGAGGGGCAGAUGGGACCUCUGUGCCAAGCCCAUGCCUGUGCAGCCUGCUAAGCCUGCAGGCAGGUAGGCUGCAGUGCUAAACAUUUCUAGAUGAGCUCUUCUUUCCUACACUUUGUCAUGACUAGGGGGCAGCAGGGUUGGGGUAGGACUCAGCGUGUCUGAGUAUGUAUGCUCAGCCGGAAGCUGCCCCCUGGCUUUUGCAGAAGUAGUGUGGCUGGGCUGUGAGUUUUGCAUAAACCCCUUCCAGCCCUGUGAGUAUAGUUCAUUAUUUUGAUAAUUCCUUUUGGCCAUUGUUUGUUUAUAUUUCAUAUUUUACAAACCUUGCCCUACCUUCUUUCUUUUUUUUUUUUUCUGAAUGGCCUGAUCAUGGCUACACCACUUUCUAGCCUAGCCACAUUGUUGGCAAUUUAAUUUAUUUACUUUUUUUUAUAUAUAGAAAGGAAAAAAGGAAAAAAAAAAUCAACAAAAGCUUGAAACUUCUUUUGCUGUCCCUGUCAUGGGGAUGCUGGAUAGGGUGGGGCAGCGAUGCAGUCUGUUUGGUCUUUUCCCUUUUCAGCACAGCCUUCGGCUUCCGUAUAGGAAAGAACCAAGGGAGUCCUGGGUUGCUCACCCCUAGCCCUUGGAACACCUCAGAGCUGAGGUCCUUCUUUCACUCCCACUGAGGACUUGAUAGCCCAGCUUUGAUGCCUGUACCCUCUGCAAAAACCUGUUUCCAGCCCUUCUGGGGUCUAGCUGUAAAACUGGAUGUAGAGUAUUAAUUUCAAAGGCAGCUUCCUUGGAGCUAUGUUAAGUGGGUUCUAAGCUUCACUGGGCAAAUGGGGUAGAAAUGAUCUUCAUGUCUGUAGGUAAAUGCUGCAUUCUGCUUUACUCCUGCUUCUCGGAGGACCACUGCAGCUACUGGGAGCAUUGCUGGAUUUCUAGGGUGAUUAGCAGAGCACAGUGUAGGGGGAGGGACCAGAGGUAUGGCUAUUGGAAUAUAGAAGGGACCAGAGACUGCAUCUCCCCGCCAUGUAGUGGCUCUUCUUUUUUUUUUUUUUUUUUGAGUCUUGUCCAGACCAGCUUCCUGUGGAUCUGGGUAGGGGGAUCCUGGCUCCCCUGUGAUUGGGGUGGAGGGAGACAGCUUGAGAGUCAAAUAGAGAAUGGACAAGUGUUUCCACUCCAGGACAUCAUGCUCAGGAAUUUGGAGACGCUGCUAUACUAGUCCGAUUACUACAUUCUUUCGUUCCACUCUGCCGCUGCCAAGGCCGGCGUCCUUUCACCCUCCUCACUUGGAGCCAGGAAACUCUGUUAGGGCCUCCCUCCCCUUGCAGUGUCCCUGCAGAUCUCCAGUUGUCUUGUAUGUGCCGUUCCAUGGUGUUGACUGCACUAAUAAACCUCUUUCUCAGCU